AUGGUGAACAGCCUGUGGUUCAAGUGGAAGAAACUCCGAUUACCCUGGCGAAAAUCCUUCUUGGUCGGCCAGGACCUUGUUGGCAACACCUUUUGGGAAUUCAAAGAUGUCAUGAACGCAGCCCGCAUGCGACGGAUCGUCAGGUUCGAUCCCAAAACACACUUCAGCGACGUUCAAGUAACACCGCAAUGGCAUCAAUGGCUACGACAUGUCCGCGAACACCCUCCGAGUAUCCAGGAACAGCAGCAGGAUUUGGUUCGACAGGCACAAAUGAAAGAGCUCGCUCGGCUGGCCGAUGAGCGCUGGGCCAGCAAACCGUCUUUCCUCGAUAAACCCAACACUCAACCCGCUCCGCCUCAAGUAAACGAUGUUCCCGCCGCACCAAAGGAACAGACCUCUGUGUCCCCAGAGGCAACUCUUGAUCCAAAGCCUGCCUCCACUGAAAAGGCGCCGAAAGAGAACCCCUGGAAAAACGCCAGCAAUGCCAAUCCGGGCGCUGAGUGGCAACCUGAAGCUUGGUCUCCGAGCUCCAAGCGGUGA